GCGAUGCGAACCGUAAAACUGUGUGAAAACGACGCUGAUAUAAACUUACGCUUCGUCCUGCCGGUGUUUCGAUAUUUUACACGCGCCUAAGGAUUCGUACAAGGCUUGGUUUUGAAUUUAAAAAGCGCAGUAUUUAUUAUUAGCGAGUUCCGAAAGUUCGGUUUAAUUAGAUGUUGUGAUGAAUUACUACUAUCAUGUUGCUAAUUUCACAUAUUUCGUGAAUGAGUUAAAUCAGUAUGUUUACGAUUGUGAAAGAUGGUACCAGGCGCGGUCGUUCCAACAAAUACCACGCAAUACAAGAACUGAAGGCUCUCCUUUGAAACCGAAAACCUCGCACACCAGAGGCGCCCUGAGACGACCACCACCAACCAGGGCGGUAGUGAACAGAGUUCCCGAUGACGAAGAACUCGACCCGAACUCUUCAACGCCGUACAGACUACCGAGGCUUCCUGACGUGCUUCCUGCGCCACCGAAACCUAAGGAAUAUGUUUACAAACAGCCACGUACAGCGACGCAUUUCCUCAUACAUAAAGAUCCAAAGCACUCUUCACCGAUGCCAACAUGCACAAGUCCUGAUCUCAGGAUCAAACCAAACAGUACUAAGUGUCGACCGAUUACACAGAACGCGCGUGCAAAAAUUUUGUUCCAGACCUGGCCCCACGAGGGACCUAAAUUACACCGUUUGUUACCCAAGAUAAGUCAACCGGGUGGAGUUGUCGUUUUAACUGACAGCCAGCCGAAAACACCACCGCAAUCAGAAGAGGAAUACAACCUUUUACCACUAUUAGACCAGCGUACUGAACGGUCGGUGGUCAUCGCUAAUAUUAAAGACUUCCCGGAAAGAGUGGUCACAAAGUUCGACAGGCAACUUAACUGGCAACUGUCGCCUUAUACUAACAAGAACUUUGACCGACAGGGUCUCGGGCCAAACCAGGGCCCAUUUUCGAGAGAGCUACCGAUUAAAUGUAUGCCCCCAAAUACUUGGUUAAAGAUGAAAAUAAGGCAUCGGACGAUGGGGAAAAUGCUUUCUUAAUUAAAAAGACAUGAUAUGGCUGUUGAUCGGUGUCACUGCCACGCCAUUCCGCUGUGCUGUUGAAUGAUUGUGCAAGUAGCCUAUGGCAAAUUGCAAACUUUUGUAUAACAAAAUAUUAAAA